AUGGCAGGAUACAAUGCGACCAUCUUCGCGUACGGUCAGACAUCGUCGGGUAAGACAUACACAAUGGAAGGAGCCAAUAUCGACCAUCCUGAGCUGCAGGGAAUCAUCCCACGCACAGCCACCGAGAUCUUUAACAACGUCAUGAACGCCGAUGAGAACAUGGAGUUCAUCGUCAAAGUGAGUUACAUCGAGAUCUACAUGGAGCGCAUCCGCGAUCUGCUGGAUCCGUACAAAUCAAAGGUGAAUCUGCAGGUUCGAGAGGACGCACAGCGCGGCAUCUUCGUCGAGGGAAUGACGGAGGUGUGUGUGACCAGUGACGAGGAGCUGCUGGCAGCAAUGCGAGCAGGUGCAGCUAAUCGCGCUGUGGCUGCGACGGGGAUGAACGAAGGAAGCUCCCGUAGUCACAGUGUCUUUAUGGUUACACUCUUCCAGCGUAACCUUGAGAAUCAGGCCACAAAGGCUGGCAAGUUGUAUCUGGUGGAUCUUGCUGGUUCGGAGAUGGUGCGAAAGACUGGCGCAACGGGGCGACAACUGGAAGAGGCCAAGACGAUCAACAAGUCGCUGUCUGCUUUGGGAAUGGUCAUCAACGCGCUCACAGACUCGCACAUCACUCACGUGCCAUAUCGAGACAGUAAACUGACCCGAGUGUUGCAAGAAUCACUAGGUGGCAACUCGCGCACGAACCUCAUUAUCAAUGUCUCGCCUAGUAGUUUUAACGCAUCGGAGACAAUCUCUACUCUGCGAUUCGGUAUGCGUGCCAAGUCCAUCAAGAACAAGGCAGUGGUGAAUGAACAGCGCAGUGUCGCCGAGUACGAAGCACUGCUCGCUGCUGCUGAGAAGAAAAUCGCCAAACAGCAGACGUACAUUAUCGCCCUUGAAGCUCGACUGGCAGGGAAGGAGGUACCUGACGGAGCAGUGGAUGUAGCUAAUGUUGCGAAGGUUACAGUCUCAGAUGAUACAUCGGAAACUGGGAAAGCAGAAGGCGUGGACAGCACUGUGGACGCGGUCGAUAUUGAUCUGGAUCUGUCGGAUACUGCUACUUCACAGUCUCCACCGUCCCCGUCGGCCCGUGCAGGUCGCGCUCUGGCAGAGUUACAAGAGAAGGUGACGCAGCUCGAAGAAGAACUGGCUGAGGAGAAACAGGAGUCAAUGCGACGUGGUGAGGAGAUCUGCUUGCUCACAGCUAAGCUGGAAGAACACGUUCAAGCACUUGACACGCAGCGUGUGUUGUCUGAAGAACUACAGCGAGUCAAGGACCUACAGGAGAAGACUUUAGAGGAGAAGAUCCGUCAGCGCGAGACGUUGUAUGCUGAACUGCGCACCGACUUCGACAGACUCAACUUUGAGCACAAGGAGCUGAUGAUUCACGCGGAGACGAUACAAAGUGAGUACGAUGCGCUACUGCAAGACAUGCCUGCACAAACGACACCUGGUGGCGGCAAACUCGCAGCAGCAGCAGAAAAGAUCGCCCAGGCAGAGCAGUCUACAGACAACGAGUCUCAAGAGAGUGCAGAUGAAGGUGCCACUGAGAAACAGGAGCAAAAAUCGGGAGACGAAGCCUCGAAAGAGGGUACAGAGGCCCAGCAAUAUGCCGAUCUGAAGGCCAAGUACACGGCGCUGGAAGCCGAACUUAGAGAGUACGAGAAGGAGUAUCUGGCGCUUAAGCAUGCGACUGACCACGAGAAGACCCGCUUGCAAGAGGAAAUCGACCGAAAAACAGCGCAAAUUCGCGACCUCGAAGCACAGGCGGAUCGUGCUGGUGCUUCUACCGGUGAAGGAGGCUCGACUCCUUCUUCUCCCACCAGCGCUGCCAGUUCGAGUGGGAUGUCUGCACGUGAGCGUCAGCACAUGCGAUCUAUUCAGCAGAAACUGGAGCAGCUGGUUGCAGUUCACCGGCAAUUGCUGCGUAAGUACGCGUCGCUGGAGCUUGAGUUGUCGGAGGCCAAGAAGAAAUUGGCAUUGCGUGAUGAACGCAUCAAGCAGGUCGAGGCGAACAACCGCAUCAUGGCUGGCAACAUGCGGGCGCAGGCUGAGAAGCACGUGGAGGAGCUCACACAUCUCCGGGACCAGAUCGCGGACUUCCGUGGCGCUCAGCGAUCGCACUUUGAGGCGCAACUUAACCACACGAACGCUGCGCUUGUUGCCGCGAUGGGAAGUGCCGACACUGGCGUGAUCAAGACACUUCGUGGCGGCUCCAUCUACGGCGGAGACGGCGUUAUUCGUCCAAUUCGUGGCGGUGGACGACGUAAGACACAACUUGGCGAAGCAGCAAUGGGCACAGCUGGCGUCUCGGGACUAACUGCGGGCUCUGCUGACACUGGAGUGCCGUCCUCGGGCUUCUUGACCCGCUUGUUCGGCAAGACAAACUAA